AGGUCGUCCUCGCACAACGUCUCAUUCAUUCAGACUCUUCGCAUCACGCCGAGUCGAAAAUACAUUUUUUGUUUGCCUGCCCGCUUGCUUUAUUUGGGGGGAAAAUGUUUUAAAAUACAGAUCUUCGUCCGCUGUGAAGCUGACGAGGGGGCUCCUGCCAGCUGCCGGAUCCGCCUGGAAGAGACACCCAGCUCCUGUAACAAAGGACGCAGGCAACAAAAAGCUGAAGGCGGGGCAGCGAAGGCACCUUGGCUCGGGAUCCUUGCCGGAGAAAGGGAAAGACAGGGAGGCGAGGCCGCUCUUGGAUUAACAGAUUAUCCCUCACUUUGCGGCUGUUGGGAGAUCCUCAAGCACCAAGUAAACUUCAAACAAGUUUCUUAAAUCAAGAUGCCAUUCAAAGCAGGACUAGAACUAACUGAGCUGCAGAACAUGACAGUCCCAGAGGAUGACAACAUCAGCAACGAUUCCAAUGAUUUCACAGAAGUAGAAAAUGGCCAGAUGAAUAGCAAGUUCAUUUCAGAUCGUGAAAGCAGAAGAAGCUUAACCAACAGCCACCUGGAGAAAAAGAAAUGUGAUGAAUAUAUUCCAGGUACAACUUCGUUGGGAAUGUCUGUCUUCAAUCUCAGCAAUGCCAUCAUGGGCAGUGGGAUAUUAGGUCUUGCCUUUGCCUUGGCCAACACAGGAAUUGUGCUCUUUUUGUUGCUUUUGAUUUCAGUGACGCUGCUGUCUAUUUAUUCAAUAAAUCUUCUGUUAAUAUGUGCAAAGGAAACAGGCUGCAUGGUUUACGAGAAGCUUGGUGAGCAAAUCUUUGGCACUCCUGGAAAAGUGAUUGUUUUUGGAUCAACCUCUCUUCAGAACACUGGAGCAAUGCUCAGCUAUCUCUUCAUAGUGAAAAAUGAACUACCUUCUGCCAUAAAGUUCCUUAUGGGGGAAGAAGAAAAAUUUUCAGCCUGGUACGUUGAUGGGAGAAUUCUUGUCGUAACAGUGACGUUCUGUAUCAUUCUUCCCUUAUGUCUUCUUAAGAAUUUAGGGUAUCUUGGCUACACUAGUGGUUUUUCAUUGACCUGCAUGGUAUUUUUUCUCAUAGUGGUUAUCUACAAGAAAUUUCAACUCCCCUGUCCCUCACAGGGAACAAAUGCAACUGCCUUUUCAAACUCUAGCUCUCUCUAUGAGGAGAUGUGCCAACCAAAGUAUGUUACCAUUAAUUCCAAGACUGUGUACGCUUUGCCCACCAUUGCAUUUGCGUUUGUGUGCCACCCUUCGGUGCUUCCAAUCUACUGCGAACUUAAAGAUCGUUCACAGAAAAGAAUGCAGAUGGUUUCAAAUAUCUCCUUUUUUGCUAUGUUCGUCAUGUAUUUCUUGACAGCCAUUUUUGGCUAUUUGACAUUUUAUGAAAAUGUGCAGUCGGAUCUGCUCCACAAGUACCAGAGCAAAGAUGACAUCCUCGUCCUGACAGUCCGCGUGGCUGUCAUCGUUGCAGUCAUCCUCACAGUCCCAGUAUUGUUUUUCACUGUUCGCUCCUCUUUAUUUGAGCUAGCUAGAAAAACCAAAUUUCACUUAUGCCGUCACAUUGUGGUCACUUUGGUCCUCCUGGUGAUCAUCAACCUGUUAGUUAUUUUCAUACCCUCCAUGAAGGAUAUUUUUGGAGUUGUAGGGGUAACUUCUGCCAAUAUGCUGAUUUUUAUUCUUCCAUCAUCACUGUAUUUAAAAAUCACACACCAGGACGGAUCAAAACUGACUCAGAGGAUUUGGGCGUCUCUCUUUUUGGCACUGGGAAUCUUGUUUUCAUUGGUGAGCAUCCCUCUAGUCAUCUACGACUGGGUGCACUCGGAAGGCCACUGAGGUCAGUGGGACAUUGAGAAGAACCCAUCUCCGUUUUGCUACUCACCAAAAUCACCAUUUGGUCAGCGUGUCCCAUUCUUCAUGAGUUUCACACAUUUAAUCCAAGUAACAAAAUACCCAUUGGAUGUAUUUUGCUGCGGAAGACAGUGAUUUUACUUUUUAAAAAAGUGUUAUUUUCCACAUCCCUACAAGCUAUUACAUCAGUAUUAAGUUUAUGAUGAUGGUCUGAAUUGACCACUGGCUGUAGAUAUUCUGUAUGUGGUAACUGACACUAAAAUAACUGAAGGAUAGUCUGUUCUUGGGUAAGAUACUUGCAAGUUAAUAUACCAAUUGCUCUUUAGUAUUUACUCAAAAAGAAGGUAACCCCAAAUGUAAGAUGACUCCCCUUAAAAAUAUUACUUUUUUUUUUACUGGGCAUAACUGUAGCUUGUAUAUGAAUGUAAAGCAACCCUCUCUCUUUUUAAGGGCAUACCUGGAAAGAAGCCUUGCAUUGGAGUAAAUACCGUAAGACGGGUUAACCAACCUUGAUCAUACUUAUCUCUCCUUCUCAAGAGAUAAUUUUGCAUCUACUUGGCUGUGCUGAUGUGUCAGUGUGACUAACACACAGCCUAGGCCUGACUCACAGAAUACAAUCCCAAGCAGAGUUCCAGCCUUCUAAGCCAACUGACUUCAGUGGACUUAGAAGGGUCUAACUUCACUGCAGAUCUGUGAGUUCUUUGGAAUCGGUAAACAAAACUCAUACAAGAUUCAGCCUCAGUAGCUGUCUACAUCAGAAUUUGUAUUUAUUUAUUUCAUUUGGUCCCCUUGUUUCUCCCCAGCGGGGGCCCAAGGUGGUUUACAUAAUUUCCCUCUCCCCUAUUUUCUCUUCAUGACAACCCUGUGAGGUAGGUUAGGCUGGCCUUGUAUGACUGGCCCAAGGUCACCCAGCAAGCUUUCAUGGCAGACUGGGGAUUUGAACUUGGUUCUCCCAGUUCCUACACUUUUACACACUGGCUGCAAUUCUCUUUGUAAAUUCAAUGUUAUGUUGUCAUAACUCCUGGCAGUUUCAUACAUAUACUUUUAAAAUUAGAUUGACCCUGAGGAAUUGAAAGGAAGUGAAAGGGUAGAUUCCUUGCAAUUACGCAAUUGUGAUCCCCCAACCUGUAGCUGCAGAGUUGAUGACAGCAUUGGAAGGCCUCAGCCUGCUAAGCAGUUGGAAGAACAUACUAGGAAAGAUGAUUGCCUAGACAUUAGUCACCACAGUGAAAAAGCAGAAUGCCAUCCCCAUCACAAAUGAUUACAGAACUGUACAAGCACAGAAGAAAUGUGGUACUUGUCUCAGCCAGAAAAGAAGACCAGGGUAGUUCUGAAGAUACUUUCUGCUUGUUUCACACCUCCCCCCCUCCCAGAGCUGUGCAGAAACUCUUGAAAAUCAGCCUCAGGCCUGUCUGAAAAGCGGAGCCUGCCUGUUUCCUCAGGAAGGUGCAGUUUGUUAGGUCAGUCUUAGAAGAUACGAAGCAACCUUGCAGAAGUAACAAAGAGAGGUAUCAUAGAUACCAUUCCCUUGAUGCCAUUUCCAAAACAUAUAAGCAUUUUUAUGCUGAAAUUAUUGUCCAUUUGUGUUUGUGACGUUUGUGUAAACCAUGUAACCCUGCUGUUGUGAAAUAUAGUGCACAAGCUUCAUAGAGUUUUAAAAUUCACUAGUCUAUGCCUCAUUUUGUGCCUGAGAGUAGGGGCAAGGAGAAAGAAACCUUGCAAGACAAGAGAACAUAGAACUCUCAGGAAGGGAGAAGGGCUACAGUGGAGGAAAACAACUAAGUUUCAUGAUGGGUUAUAGCUCUGAACUAAGACCUAAACAAGGAGUCACUUACCAGAUGGUGAUUUAGCACAGUUUGCCUAUCACUGCAUGGUAAGCAUGUUGUCUGUGUCAUCUUGGUAGGGAGAAUAGUGCCAUCCAUCAAAUACAGACAUGGAUUAGGAUGUGUGCUAACUUCCCCCCUCUGUCAGCUUCCAUUUUGAUGCUAGACCCAUUGGAACCUAGAUGACUACAUGAGAUUGUCCUUGAAGAAAGUCCAGAAACAUCAAGUGGUACAGGAUAUCAUUAUCCAGAUAUUGAUUGGAUAAUGUGAAUGUAAAUACCAAUAUAUCUAAAUUUUAUGUCCUAAUAACCACAGGAAGUGUCUUCUUCCCACCUCCCUCAGGAACUGAGGUCUACAGAUAAAGACCUGUUCUAGGCUCUGUCCAUUCUGGAUCCUAAGCUAUCUUCUGUAGAGGACCUCAGGAUGAAAUUCACUGAUAACAUUAUCUGUACAUUCUGUCAUUUUCAGCGGCUGGUGGAGAUGUUUUUACUUCACCAAACCUGGGGAUGGGGUCUUGGGUAGACAUUUUAAAGGCGAGCCUUGUGCUGCCACUUUUGUUUAAGCUUAAUUCUACAGAAAGAUUGCUAUGGGUUUUUUAUUUGUGGAUAACAGUUUUAAAUGCCUUGAAAAAAUUUUCAAAGCUAAAAAUGAUAUACAUAAAUAUAAUAAUUAAAUGGGGAGAGAAUUUAGAAUGGGACCAUUUUCAUUGGCCAGGAAGCAAGUAGCUCCAACACAAGAGUCCAGGCUGAGUUAUAAGAGUAUCUCAAUA